AUGGCCGCAAACUUCCAAGUCGAGUACGCCGUGAAGGCGGUCGAGAACGGGUGGCACCUCGAUCGGCAUCCGGUGGCAAGGACCGGCGUUCGUAUCUGGCUCGUCGAGAAACUCCGUCACAUCCAAGCCUGCUUCAAACCCAACGCCAACAAGCGCAUUCGCGACUGGUCGAACAGGCAUUCUGGGAGGCCGCCGCACACACAGGUAUACUCAGGCAUGAUCCCCGACGGCCGGCACUUCAUCGAGCGGGCGCGGGACGAGGCGCGGGCGUGGCGCGACACGUUCAAGACGCCGAUCGCGACGGCCGACCUAGCGGCGCGCAUGGGCGGCUACAUGCAGGCGUACACGCUGUACCAGUCGGUGCGGCCGUUCGGCAUCACGGCCAUCGUGGGCGGCUUCGACAGCGCCGCCGAGACCCCCGUCGACGGCGAGGUCGGCAGCGGCCCGGCCUGCGGCGCCGGCGGCAAGGUCGCCGGCAAGACCCACGGCGGGCCCUUCCUCUACAUGAUCGAGCCCUCCGGCCUGUACUGGGGCUACUACGGCGCCGCCACGGGCAAGGGCCGCCAGGCCGCCAAGGCCGAGCUGGAGAAGCUGGACUUGGGGGGUCCCGGCGGGCCCGCCCUGACCAUGGAGGAGGCGGUCAAGGAGGCGGCGCGCAUUCUGUACGUCGCUCACGACGACGAUAAGGAGUUUGAGCUGGAGAUGACGUGGAUUAGUGGGGCCGAUGGGCCGACCAAGGGGGCGCAUCACGAGGUGCCCAAGGCGUUGCGGGAGGAGGCGGAACGGUUGGCGAAGCAGGCGCAGGAGGAGAAGAUGGAGGAGUAA